GUAGUACGUAUCGAGCGAACCGAAAUACCCGAAGAAUACCGGGCCGUUGGCGUCUCAAACGCGGUUGUAAACAGAGUGAUGGCCUCACAACCGCCGACGGAAGAUGCGGAUAAGAUACAAUUUUUAAGGGAAAAACUGAACGAAGAACGUGCAGCAAACGAACGUCUACGCGAGCAAGUCUACCAUCUGACGGAACUCCAGCAGAAGCAGUCUUCUGCGUACGUGCCAAAUGAUGCAGAGAGGGGUGCGGGUAAGAUUACGCUCGAGGAAAUGGAGGAGCGUAAACGCGUUUUCAACGAAACCAUCGAACGCGUUGAACGGAUGUUUUUCGAUCAUCAGCUGGAGAAUGUGUGCGAAUCGAAUGAAAAAGUGGGCAAAUUUUGGAUAUUUUUGAAAUUUAAAUCCUCUCAAAUCUUGUAA